AUGGCCAAAGGAAACAAGGGCAACAAGCGGUCAAUCAACCCGGCAGAUCUCACGCCGGAAUACAUUGCCGAGCAGCGAGCUCUGCGAGAAGAGCGUAAGAAGAAGAAGCUGGAGGAAGCUCUGGCCCGAGGAGAGAUCCCUGAGAGCGAAAAGAAGGAGCCCACGGCGUUCCUGACUCGAGAAAUGGUUUAUGUCAACACAGAUGCAGGCUCGAAAGACCACAUCUUCACCAUCAUGACAUACAACACUCUGGGACAGACUCUGAUCCGACGUAAACUGUUUCCCGAAAACGGAGACGCUUUGAAAUGGAAGUGGCGGUCCACUAUUCUGCAGAAGGAAGUCACACAUUACAACCCCACUAUCAUGGUGUGCCAGGAGGUGGACGCAGAGAAAUACAACUGGUGGAACGAGUUUCUCAGCAAACAUGGGUACGACAGUGUCUUUAGCACAUACGAGGGAAAGAACCAUGGACUCAUGUGUGCCUGGAAGAAGGACAUGUUUGAAUUUGAAAACAAACAGGCAAUUGAGUACGACCAUGUGAUCAUGGAGAACCUGCCUGUGCAGUUCAAGACCCGAAACACAGGUCUGAUUGUGCAGUUGAAACAUGCUGUCACAGCCAAGACGAUUAUCGUGGCGACCACUCAUCUGUUCUGGCAUCCCAUGGGCUCAUUUGAACGUACCAAACAAACUGCCAUGUUGUUACGUGCAUCUCAGAAGUACGUGGAGGAUUUGGAUGCCGAGAAGGGCACGAAAUCCAUUCUUGUGGUAGCUGGAGAUUUCAACUCCACUCCCUGGGACGGUCCCUACGUCGGAGCUACCAUGCACAAGUUCGACGAGAUUACGCGGCCCAUUUUAAGUGCUUCUCUGCAGUACAAGUUCACUCGAAAGAGCAAGGAGCAAAAGGCUGCUGAAGCUGCAAAGGCAGACGCGAUUGCAAAGGGAGAACCUCUUCCUGAGGAGCCUGAACCCGAAGAAGACGAGGGGGAUGGCGAGUUAGAAGCUCUAGGGGACGUUGUCAUUUCAGAGGAGGAUGCAGAGGCCCACAUUCAGACCCUUGAGAAUGAAUUCAGAAAGCUGCCUGUACUCAACUCUCUGUAUGGCAGCUACACAGAUGUUGUUCCUGAAGCCUCCAAGGAGCCCGUUGGCAAGCACAAGAAGGAGCCUCGCUUCAGUAACUGGGCCCACGCCUGGAGGGGUCUUUUGGACUACAUUUUCGUUUCGUCCAACAACAGCGAUGAGGUCCAGGUCAAGAGUCUGUUGAAGAUGCCCCUUGAGGAGGAUAUGGGGCCCGAGCCCAGUGGUCAGCCUCGCAUUGACAUGUAUCCUUCAGAUCAUCUUGCUAUCAUGGCUGAAGUUGAGCUGAAGUGA